AACUGGGUGAAUGCGCAGCGUCAUCCCCCCCCCGGACCCCCACUCUCCCUAAAGCCUCUGGUUGGAGCGCACAUAGUUGUUGUUGCCCGCCAGCUCAGCUCAGCUCGGUCUGAGGAGAACUUGCGGCUAAAAAGAUGGCAUCCCAGCUGCUGUGUUGGAGGCUGAUGGGCCUUGUUGCCUUGCUGACCUUGUUGGCUUCAACAGAAGUGACAAGCGAUGGCAAGAAACUGCACCAGCUUUUAAGAAAACGAGAUGUGGCAGGAGAGGCAGCUGCAUCGUCCUCCUCCAAGGCCUCAGUGGCCAUGCCUCCAUCCAAAGCUCAGGAGUUUCUGGCAAAGCUGAGUCGCACCAAGAGGAACAUUUGGGACCGCAGCAGGCCGGACGUGCAGCAAUGGAUUAUGCAGUUUAUGUACAUGGGCUACGACGAGCAGAGGCUGGAGACGGAUCUGUCCUACUGGAUGGACCACGCACGCUCCUCUGACCAGGGACGACAGCAUCACUACGACGAGAACGCGGCCAUCGGCCCGCGUGACCCAAACUCCUACCGACACGGCGCCAACGUCAACUAUGACUACUAUUAGCGGCACUGAGGUGACGACAACGCCGCUUCCUGCGCACAACCCAACAGCGUAGACACAAAACACACUGCCUUGUUGUGGGGGAAAAUGAAGUCAAAAUGCUAUCAUGUCAUGACGAUGAACAACAAUCAAUAAACAUGCUU